UAACCGCGGUGGAUUUUCUUGAAAUAAUUCGAACUGUCAAAAAUCCACCAAAACAUCUACCACAUUGAUCACACAAAAAACUGUGGUAGAAAAGUAUCCACCGGUAGAUCCUUUGGUGGAUUUUUGACAGUUCGAAUUAUUUCAAGAAAAUCCACCGCGGUUAACCAAAUCAGAUUAACAAAAGCCCUCUGGUCUUGAUCUGCCAGCAAUAUGGAGUUUAAUUUUAAUAUUUUUUAAAAUUUUCUUACACUGGUAAUCAACAUUACACACAGUUCAGUUCACUUUUACACACUUGUAUAGGAUUUUUCAGUUCAAGUAUGAUUACACACUUUCGUGUAAUGGAUUACACACUUUCGUGUUAUCAUACUUGAACUAGAAAAUCCAAUGAAAGUGUGUAAAAGUGAACUGAAAAAAGUGUAAUGCUGUUUCUCGAAUGAAUCUUUCACUUCGAUUUAGAUUACCAUUUUUUGGUUAUCCGAGUUAGACUGAAUGAAAUCGUAUGAGAAGUGCUUAAAUUAUUUUGGCAGGUAUGGAUUUUAGUUAUCUGUGCACUUUUUACAAAACGUUCACGGGGUGCUUGUCAUUGAUGCGGAAAAAAACCUGUCGUAUCAUUUGCUUUGCUGCAGUGAAAAAACGUGUUCGUAAAAGUAUGGAUCCUCCGAAAAAAAAACGCAUUCAUGAAAAAGCAAAAAGUGCCAAAUCCGCCGCAGUACUUCAAGCAUGGUUAAAUCGAGGAAAUCCUCGUGAUGGAAGUGCCAGUUCGUGCGAUUUGAACGGAAAUCAACAAGCUUGUGUUUCCCGACAGUCAGCGGACAAGAACGUUGCUUGCACGAGCACAAGGGACAGAAUUGCGUCCGUAGAAAGUCCUCACCCGGCGGAGCUCAAAUGUCCGGAGACCGAUUUCGGUGUCGCAAAACCGGCAGGCACGGACGACGCGAUAAGCACCGAUUUCGGAACAAGUGGUAGUCCUUUUCGGGUGGAGCUCAGCUGUUCGGCUAUCGAUAUUAAUGUUGCGCAGCGGACGGUCACGGAUGGUACGGCCUGCACCGAUACCGAGGUGUCGACUUCAAGAACAAAUGCGAUCGAAACGGAUCGCGAGCUCAACAAGCCAAUCCUGCGCUGGUUUGCAACCGGUUCUGUUCGGAACAAUGAUAAAUCAAUGGAUAAACAUCUCAGAACGGCUCCCGGUGAUUCUCCGCGAUCUACGAAGGCUGUUGGAUCAGCCGCCAGUUACGUUCCGGCCAAUCACGGUGUCCUAACACCGGCAGUCGCGGACGACACGAACAGCUCUGGUUCCGGAAUAAUUGAGUCUACAGCAGGAAAUCUUCACCGGGCGGAGCUCAUAUGUACUAUGACCGAUUUCGGUGUCGCAAAUCCGGCAGGCACGGAGCGGACUGGAAAAAGUGUGCUUUCCGUUGGAUGUCUUUUUCAAGCGGAGCUCGGCUUGACGGCUCCCGGUGAUUCUCCGCGAUCUACGAAAGGUGAUGGAUCAGCCGCCAGUUACGUUCCGGCCGAUCACGGUGUCUUAACACCGGCAGUCGCGGACGACACGACCAGCUCUAAUCCCGGAAUAAGUGAGCCUACCGCAGGAAGUCUUCACCGGGCAGAGCUCAGCUGUACUAUGACCGAUUCCAGUGUCCUAAAUCCGGCAGGCACGGAGCGAACUGGAAAAAGUGUACUUUCCGUUGGAAGUCUUUUUCAAGCGGAGCUCGGCUUGACGGCUCCCGGUGAUGGAUCAGCCGCCAGUUACGCUCCGGCCGAUCACGGUGUCUUAACACCGGCAGUCGCGGACGACACGACCAGCUCUGAUUCCGGAAUAAGUGAGUCUACCGCAAGAAGUCUUCACCGGGCGGAGCUCAGCUGUUCGGCGAUCGAUAAUAAUGUCGCGCAGCGGACAGUCACGGAUGGUACGGCCUGCACCGAUACCGAGGUGUCGACUUCAAGAACAAAUGCGAUCGAAACGGAUCGCGAGCUCAACAAACCAAUCCUGCGCUGGUUUGCAACCGGUUCUGUUCGGAACAAUGAUAAAUCAAUGGAUAAACAUCUCAGAACGGCUCUUGGUGAUUCUCCGCGCUCUACGAAAGCUGUUGGAUCAGCUGCUAGUUACGUUCCGGCCGAUAGCGGUGGCCUAACGGACGACGCAAGCAGCUCUGAUUCCGGAAUAGGUGCUGCUAAUGGAACUCCUCACCGGAAUGUGCUCUACGAAAGCUGUUGGAUCAGCUGCUAGUUACGUUCCGGCCGAUAGCGGUGGCCUAACGGACGACGCAAGCAGCUCUGAUUCCGGAAUAGGUGCUGCUAAUGGAACUCCUCACUGGAAUGUGCUCACGGCCGAUUUCGGUGUUGCGAAGCCGACAGGUACGGUGUCUAAAAAGCGACCAUUUAUUGAAGAUCCAUCGAAAACGAU